AUGGACAAAUUUUGUUCGAAGCUUAGCUGCAGUGAUGAGGAGAGUGCUCGUCAAAGUUCUGAAGGCCGACCUACGCUAGGCGGUGAAGCUCUGGAUUUCGGGGCACCGCCAGCGCUGCCCUUUCCACCAGACGCGAGUCUGGGACUCUGUCGGCGCUUGGAAAUCCAUGGAGCCACCUGCUCAUGUGUAUGUGAAGCCUUUGGUAACAUGGGCUCACAUCUCGAUAGCCUCGUGCCACUGAACACUGCUGACGUCUUGGCCAAGGUGCGAAGUGCUGCGAAACGCCUCGCCACUCGUCUGGACGAAACUGCCGAUGAAGAGCGACUGCGCCAGACCUGUUUAUCGCUCUGCGAUUUAUUUGGAGACGGUAUUCAUCACGAUUUGAUCCAGGCUGUGCUUGAUGCUGGGGUCGUUCCGCGAGUCGUGAGGAUCCUCGAACCACUAAUAGAUGAUGAUGGAAGUGGCUCGGGCACGACGCAAGAUGCGGAUGGGCAUACCUCGGACGCGUUUCAUUCGCCAAUGCAACGACAGCGGGACGGAGCCGCGACAUCUCGACUGAACGAGGAACGGACUGCGGAGUUGUUAGAGACUCCUGACAGAUCUGGAGAUUCUCCGGGACCGGAGAUGAGACACAGUAGAGUCACGAGUCGCGAUCAUGCCAGAGCUAGCUCUGGGCAUGCGGCAAGCACCGUACGGAAGCGCAGUCGCAGGAGAGAGGUAUCCUUGGGCUUGCAGUCCGCUGCUUUGCAGGUGAUCGGGAACAUUGCUUGCGGAGACGACCGUCAAACGCAGGUCAUUAUUGAUUGCCCGAACGCUUUGACGAUUUUGCGAACGCUGCUAGCCUCUGUGGAGCCAUGCAUUCAGAAGGAAUGCUGCUGGAUCAUUUCGAACAUUACAGAAUCCGCGCAUCAAGUGCAGGAUAUUGUCAGGGCUGGCAUUCUAGAACCGCUUGUGGGCAUCUUCUCCGGAGGACACGAAUCCUGCGAUGAGGAUGCUGCAUGGGUUCUCUACAACGUCACAGCUAGUGGCGAUCCGGAGCACAUACGAUAUUUGGCGAAUAUCGGUGGCAUCUCUGCUCUGUGCGCUCUGAUUCUCUCGCCUGCUGAGCUAGAGGUUGCCUGGAAGGGCUGUGCAACGGUUGCAGCUGUUGCGUUGCACGCACUGUCGAAUAUGCUCACCGUUUUACCAAACGAGAUGCCGUAUCGCAUUGCUGCGGAGUACGGUGUGGAAUGUCUGGAUCUUCUUGCACAUGGAGGUGGCCGCCACAUCGAAGAUGACGAGAACAGACGUCAAGCACGCGAAUUGCUGAGUCGUCAUUUCCAGGGCAAGAGCGUCUCGGAAACCGCCGCUGCUCGAAGAAGAAGUGCAAAUGAGACGCCCAUGUUAGCAUCUCUCGGAUCCCAGAGGCCGUCUGCCUCCAAGAUGGAGGCUUCCGCAAACGACGCCCAGGUGCAUCUCGUUGCAAGUGGCACUGCCGGCAAACAUGCGCCCCAGAUUUGUACGGACGAAUCUGUACAAACAUCUACAUAUAUAGAUGAAGUGGACUAUGCGCAAGCGUGCUCGACCGCGACGACUGGCGGCCUCGUGCAGACAGGUUCCGCGGACGCCGAGCGACUCUGCGAAUGCUCUGCGUCUGAGGUGACUUUGAAGCAGCUCCCCUAUGGCGAUAUCAGCGAUGUCAAGCAGAUGCGAAACCUGCGGGCAUGUUCGUUCUGCUCUGGUCUUGAGCCUCGGUAUGACGUAGACGCAAGCGACUUUAUUGGGUGCACCCGGCGUGACAAGUGCACUGCGCUUAUGGCGCGUGCUGUGCGAGUGGAUCAUAAUUCGUGCUUGGAGAGCAUCAUCGAUGCUUGGUUGACCAUGGACGAUGUUGAUCUGGUCGUGGAGAGGCUUAUUCCAGAUGCAGGAAAAAUUUAUGUUGAGUAUCAAGAAUUUGUCAGUCGUAUUUGCAAUUUCCUGCGAAGCGUGAUGAUGGAAACCAGCACGCUCUCGUGCGCUGUUCAGAUGGUUCCACCUGAGGUCGGUACUGGCACGCCCGGGACGCAGCCGCCUUGGCCGAGCGAAAGAGCGAGCAGCCUAACUGCUUCGAGGUCCGUCGACUGUGAACAAUCGACCCAAGAUAGGAAUCGUUGCUCUAUCAUUACGCUUGCGUCGCAACUGGGAAGAGCGGAAUGUCUGCAGACGAUCCUAAGUCGCAUGCAGCCGCUGCUAGUUCCCGAGUGGAGGGAUUUUCUGUAUUCCUCGCUGCUAGCUGGUGCCGCCUACAAGGGUCACUUGAACGUUGUGCAGACGUUGCUCGCGUAUUGGUGCAAUUCCGUUCAGGAGAAUGGGAGGACGCGUUCCAUGAGAGGCUCAGCGAAUGAAGGUCACGGUACGCUACCGCUGGAAACGAUCGAUUUCAAUGCCCUGCAUCUCGCUGCAGCAGCUGGACAAUAUAAGACAUGUAGCCUGCUUUUGAAGGGGUUUCCGGAAGCGCUGAACUUGACGAGUUCAAUGGGACACACCGCUUUGAGCUUUGCUGCACUUUUCGGAUACACAGAUGUUUGCCGUCUUCUGCUGGAAAAGGGAGCAGAUAUCUGGUCAAUGGACACUUACCAGCGAACAGCACUGCAUCUGGCUUGUGUUCACGGUCGCACGGACACCGUGGCAUUACUCGUGGAACACGCCAGAAAAGUUCUUGCGGAUCAGGAUCGAGACGCUUUCACGAAGUGGCUGAACGCCCGCACGACGACCGGCAUAACCGCACUACACUACAGUAUACAAAGUCGGGUGCUGGCGUGUGUAGAGCUCCUGGUGACGAACGGUGCUUGCAUCAAGGAUCGAUUACCGAAUUCAGGGCCGAAUCCGCUGCUGGUACUUGCAGCGGAUGCGGAUUCUCUGGAAAUCGUGCAGUUUCUGCUGGAGGCUGGGGCCCCGGUGCGAUCCGUCGUACCGCUGAGGAUUCGGAUUGGUGACACAAGCGACACGCUCUCGCUUUCGUCCCCAGAAGAUAGUUUGCACGCCGAAAUUGAGGAUUUUUUCACGCCGCUGCAUGUUGCAGCGAACAAAGGUAGCUUGCAGCUAGUGCAGAUGCUCCUGGAAUCCGGCGCUGAUGUCAAUGUUCGCGGUGUCACCGGUUGGUCUGCGCUUGAUCUAGCGGUGCUGAACGGUUUCGAUGCGGUUGCGAGCUUGCUGCUCUCAAAGGGCGCCAUCGUGGAUCCCCAUCUGAAGAUUAUUCCAAGCGGAAUCGUCGGGCAAAUGCCCAGUGCCAAGACGCUGGUCCAGAUUGCUGCAAUGAACCACCGCAAGGAUUUGGUGCGGAUGUUAGUCGAGCGCCUCCGCGUUCAGAGCCUUAACAGUGAGUCGGCGAAUGCUGGAGUCUCGAGCGCAUGUCUCGUCUCUGCGUCUCCAGCUGGUGGUGCUGACGUCUCCACGACAUGCAGUGUCGAGGGACCCGAUACCGGCCAACAUGGUGCCGGCGAGUCUGUCGGCGCUCUUGAUGCUCCAAACGAUCGAGGAAGCGCUUCAGUGGAUGUAAGCGAGUCCACCGGUUCCAAGAAGCGCCAAGAAUCAGAUAAGGACUCGCAGCGAAAUCGGGAGCUGCGACGACGGGAACUGGAGGCGAACGAUGCGCGAGAGCGCUUGCGAGAUGCCAUCCAGACGCGCUCUUUAACGAAACUGCAGGAUGCUAUCGGGAUUGCAAACCGGGUGAUACUGCAGCUGGCCGCUAGUUACGUCAAAUCCGGCUCCGCCAAACUGGUUGGUCCGGAGAUUGGGCUCGGAGCUGAGGUGGAGCGAGCGCGUCGUGUGCUCGCUGCUCUUCAAGAGCAGCAGCAGCGCGUUGCCGCGGACCGAGAGCGCCUCGCGUUGGAGGCCCGUCAGGAUGCCGCACACCGCAAACUGUUAGAGUCCAUCGCGUCCUUCUUUUCUUCCAGCGAUGUUCGCGUAUUUGACAAAGCGAUUCGGCGGGCAUCCAAAGCGGGGCUUGACCCCUCUGAUAGCGUGAUGCAAAGUGUCACGGAGCUGCGCUCUCGCUGGACUGAAAUGCAAGAUGCUGCUCGAGGAUUGGAUGAUUAUCUCAACGAUGAACAUCGGCUCGGAGAGGACGCAGCGACCGUGGUACGUGGAUUGGAGGGCAUCAUUUCGAAAGCAGAGCAUGCAUUAGAGCGUUUUUCCGCGUUCAGCCCCGAGGCGGCGAAAUGCAGCGCUGCGGAGCGGGUCCGGGAUAGUAUCAGGCGAGCGAAGGAGCGAGCGAAUGAAGUUCAGAAACUAGUCGAAGAGAAAGCUCGCUUAUUCGCGGUUGAGGAAGCCAAAUGCCGAGAAAUAUGCGAACGCCUUGAUCAAAUAUGCGCAGUAUUGCGGCAGGGACGCUCGCUCGUUGAUGCGCCCUCGUCGCUCACAGAGGCGGAAAACGCUAUCGAGUUGUUUGCUGUGCAGGUUACCAAGUCGCUGCAGGAUUCGACGCUGCAACUGCGGGCUGAGGAGCAUUUGGAGCAGGCUCGUCGGGCGCUGCAGAAAAUCGUUCGAAACGAGCGCAAGAGGUUGCGCUCAGUUGCUACGCUGGAGGAUAUUACGGCAAUCGAUGAGCUGAUCGAUUCAGUGCGGCAACUUGGACUCAAGGCACUAAGUGCGGACCUCUCGAGCGCCAUGGAAGUUCGAGAGCGCAGAAUCCUGCAGAGGGAAGCGCUCGCUGACUGGGAGGAGGUUGAAGCUCGGCGCUCGUCGGCGCUGGAGCUUGACGAAGUGUUGGCACUGCAAUCGCGCCUAGAGCAGUUGGGCCUCAUCGAGGCUGCUGAGAAGGCACGUCAGCUGGCGGACCACCUUGCUCGAGAGCAGCGUGCGGCACAAACGCUGAAGACAGCGACGGAUGAAGCUCGCGAAGCGCUGUCCUCUUACGCAGAGGUUGACGCAGACUCGUGCCUUCAGCAGCUUUUGAGCCGAGCUGGAGACUCGCUGGAUCGCGCAAGUCUGGAGAAACUUCGUCGGCUGCGCGUCGCCAUCGAACGGGCAAGAAAGUUUGACAGCUUAGCGGAGAUCGUCCAUGAGGCACAGCACGUGUACGAAGCUUUCCUUGAGAUCCAACGGGAGCGACUGCAGCGUAUCUGUAACUGUUUGCGGGCUGUACCUUUGGAGGAUGUUCCUAGCUUGGUUCAGCUCAAAACAGCACUGUGUCAUGAUAACAGUGAAAAAUCCGAGUCCGAUACUGGCGUUACUCGUGAUGAAGCCCGUUGCCUUGUAGCCGCGCAAGUGCUGCGAGAGAUUUCUGAUCGAGUGCAAGUGCUCAUGAACGUCUACGCGAACGCGCUGAACGUUGACCCGGAGAAUGCCGAAAACAGCUCUCGGGGGCCUUACUCUGUGAUACCGUCAGCGCUGGUAGAUUUGAGGUCCUGGCUGGAGAAAGCGACGUGUCGCUGUACUGAGCUUCACGAGGCUGCCCGCCAGCUGCAAGAGUCUCGCGCCACCGAGUCGCUUAUGGUAGAAUCGAACGCGGAUGGUGCUUCGGAGAAGGCGCGGAGCCAAACACCAGAGGUAGUGGAUGUUACAAGCAAGCUAGCAUCCCCGUUGGAACUGGGUUCAUCGGUACCUUCAGAGAUGCCUUCGUCGGGCGAGCGAAGCGUAUCAUCGCAACGUCGCUCCGGUCGAAGAGCUCGAAACCGACGAGGCAGCGCUUCUGCAGUACCUGCAGCCUCCGAGUCCCGCGAAGCUGCGUCUUACAUAGAGAGCGGCGCGGAGCGCAUGACCGCGUCGACGACUGUCGACAGCCAUGCGGAAGACAAUCAGGCACGACGCAGUACCAAGGGGAAGAGUCUCUCCGAGAAGAAGAAGGGCGGCAAGGCAGGUAGAUCUGCGGACAGUGGAAUCGUAUUGACGGACGCUGGAGCGGACGAAACAGAGAGUGUGCAGCGGAAAGCGGGAAGCGCCGAUCCUGUGGCAGAAGAAGUAAGUCGACGCGCAACGCCGAGUCUGGAGACGACGCAUCGGAAACGACAAACAGCGAAACGUGCGGAAACGGGUGAGUCAGCGGGUACCGGCAAGCAGGAGACGAGGCCAUCCGAGGGAUCCGGCAUCCGCGAGUCAGGCGAACUGGUCGCACCGGAGGCUGGAUGCCCUCACUAUUACAUCUGGACCAAGUCGAACAUUGUUGUCUGCGGCAAAUGUGGCGACGUGAGGAUCUCACAUAAUCAGAACUGGCUCGAGCGCGUGAAGAAACGGACGCAGAAGAAGAAGGAUCAGGUGCCGGCAGAGUUUCUGGAGGCUGUGGAAAGCGCAUUGCUCGCACGCCGGCGCCGGUCUACCUCCCGGAGUGAUACGAAUCGAGCACCUGGCGACGAGCAGACUGCUGCUCUCCAAAAUGACGACUCGUACGAUAGUGUGCCGUACACUGGCCCAGCGACAAGCACAGGUGAUGACUCGCGAGCGAGCGAUCCGCAUCAAGACCGCUAUCCACGGCCAACGAGCAGUAUGUUCUGGACGACUCCAGCAGCGUUUCCGAUCGGGGAAAUGAGUUUUGUUGCGAGACCUAGCGUCAUGGAGCGUUCACCAUCGAGCUUCCAGAUGCGGCAGGCGCGUCUCGGGUAUGCAGCGCCCGCAGAGUCCCUGGAGAUGAGUUCGCGUCCAGGUACGCCUGCUCGUCCCGUAUCGCCAUUUGUGAAUGCGUUUCCCUCGCCAGGUCGAAAUGUGGUCGAUGGACGUGCCAACACGCCGCUCUACGCAGACAUGAUCCUAGGCAUGCCAGAUACGCGCUUGAGUGUCGCAGCGAACGGUGCAGCGCGCUCGCCCUGCGUAACCUUGUAUCGAGAAGCCCGAGCGGCAGCUGCCACUCCUAUGGGGCGGUAUCCACCAAGUCUCGGGGGCGACGUUUGCGAUGCAAACGCUGGUGUCUGGUUGCAACCGGGCCUGGUGGCCGGAGCGACAACUCAGGUACCGUUUCCGAAUAGUAUUCACGGAAGUGGCCAAGCUGCGGAGCCGUCCCUGGACCCCGUGGCUCAUGGGCACCCUCUGCGCGACGAGCGCGGCCACCUUUUUGGGAUGACUGAUGUCUUCCAUGGACAUGGCGUGCUGAAUGGAGUCGACGACGCCCUGCUAUCGUCUUCACCUGUUGGUGUUGGGGACUCGGAGUUUGCGAGUCAGAAUUUCGGCUUUAACAUAGAUGCUAUCGUGGAUGAGAAUCCACAACCUCGGACAACUUCGAAAGACAAACUGGCAGUAGAAAGCGAUUCUUCUCAGUAUAGGAUCUUUUAA